AUGGCAAUCGAAGCAACCGAUAUGCGAGACCGUGAGGACUGGUCCAAUGUCGCCCGCAUGUGGUAUAAUCGUGCCGCUGACCGCUCGCCGACCACAGGGAGAAUACAGCAUCAUUUGGCGCUUCUGGCACGGCCCAACGUCAUCCGUGAAAUGUUUUACUAUACCAAGGCACUCAUCAGUGGAGUCCCUUUUGUGAAAGCUCGGGACUCCAUCAUGCUUGUCUUUACUCCAUUCCUGGAAAAGUUCGAGUUAACCAGUCAAAAAUACCCAAAAAUGGAAAGUUCCUUGGUCACGGCAGCAGGCAUUCUCUUCCGAGUACCGCGAUAA